AGUAACAUUUUAACUUUUACGGGCGAUUCACAACUUCUCGAAAAACCACAAAAAAAUCGGCUGAUGAACUCUGAAAGCUGAGUCAAGCAAAACGAGUGAGAUUUCUGUUGUCCGAGCCGUCGGAAAUGGACCGUGACGACGACGACGACGGGGUGGGCUACGUCAGGGAGAGCCACUACCUGAAGAGCCCCACAGUGGCGGAGCAGCAGGCCAUGAGCCUCCUCAACAUCCCCGGGAGAGACGGGAGGGAGGGCAGCAUAUCCUCCAACGUCAGCGACUUGGACGUCCCCAUCUAUAGUUCGGAAAAUUUGACCACCAGCUCAAGAAAACCAGUCAAAGGAGCAAGACAACAAACCGAAAAAGACACUGGAAGCAAAAUCAUGGACCUACCAAAAAACAUAGACCAGACCUACCACAAACUAAAGAAAUUCUUGAACAAAGUUUCCAAAUUGUAA